AUGUCUACCAACACAUCUUCCCAACAACCUCACGCCAUAUUCCUCAUCAAUGAGCUCCUUGAGAACAUCCUUCUUCACACAGAUAUGAGAACUCUCAUUACCUCUGGCCAACGUGUAUGCCGUGAUUGGAAGGAGACGAUCAAGUCAUCACCAAGACUCCAAGAGCACCUUUUCCUCAAGCCAUCCAAACCCCAACCAUCAGAAGAGUGUCAACGGACCCGCAAUCCACUUCUGGAAGACGUACUCUGGGCCCAAUUUUUCCUUAAGCAGCAGCAAAACUCAGAUUCAAAAGCCGAAGUGAGCAGGUUUCCUCUGCGCGAAUCGGAUCGCGUCAGACUCAAAGCCUACCUACGAAAAGACGCCAGCUGGAAGCAAAUGCUCCUACAGCAGCCCCCAACAUCAUCAAUCGGGGUUCUCGAGAUAAUCAGACGCUCGGAUUCCCAGUUCACCAAGCUGGCUGUCAAUCCAGACUCUGAGUUUCUGCGAAUGGGCCACAUAUUAAACCUCCUACAAGGACGCAGCACUCUGGUCCCAACUCGCAAUAAGUGGAUCCUCUGGAGCGGACGAUCGCGAGUCAAGAUGCCUCUCAACUUCGAGCUCUGGGCACCGAAAUGGGUCUAUGAGCCUGGGACAUUGCAGUCGGUUCAAGAAUGGGUGCCUGAUAACAUCGACUGGGACAGUUUACGGCUGGAAGUCGCGUCAAUGUACUUGAAUGAUUUUGACUGCGACUUGGUCAUUGUGUCUGAGCGGAGACAGAAGCUAUUCCAGGGUGAGGAUCGAGUUCACAGGGAGAGCAAACUCGAUCGUCGGCUUGAACAGGUGUUUGGGGAGUGUCGGGUUGAGAUUGGACGGAAGCAUAUCAAUCAUUCUUGGAUUCCGAUCAAGGGAGUUGGUGUUGAUCGCAGAUGGGUCCUGAGACCAUGCUCUGCCACACCUCUUGUUCCGGCGUUGAGUGCUUCUUCUGAUGCUUCGGAUUCGUCUUCGUUAUCAUCCUCGUUUCCUUAG